AUGGCUCGGCCCGCGUGGAGCGGCGAGGAAGUCGACCCCGAGGAGGACGAAGCGCACUCAGUCAUGCACGGAGACAGCCUCGACUACUACAGGGAGUUCGGCAUGCACAAGGAGAUCUUCCAGGGCCUGGACGAACGGAUCCUCCAUCCGGAUCCGGACUCCCUCCACCACUACUUCCAGAACCUGGACAACGUCACCGUCCAGGAGGUCGCCAUCCGCCUGUCCGGACUCGGCCUCUCCACCGACGAGUUCUUUCUUAUGACCAUGUCCAUCAUCAUCUUCUUCAUGCAGGCCGGCUUCGCCUUCCUGGAGGCCGGGUCCGUGCGCUCCAAGAACACGACCAACAUCCUCAUCAAGAAUCUGCUCGACUGCUUGAUCGGCAGCCUCGCCUACUGGCUGAUCGGCUUCCCCCUCGCCUUCGGCCACUCCGGCAACGGCUUCAUGGGCUGGACCUACUGGGCCAGCUCCGGCCUCCCCGAGCACGAGUUCGGCCACUGGUUCUUCGACUUCGUGCAUGCCGCCACCGCGGCCACCCUGGUGUCGGGGUCGCUGGCGGAGAGGUGCAACUUCUGGGCGUAUCUCGCGUAUUCUUUUAUCAUCACGGAGGUGGUUGAGAACAAGCAAAAUCCAGUCCUGAGCUAG